AUGUUCUCGAGAGCUGCCCGCCCGGCCCUCAAGGCCGGCAAUGUAGUCCUUGCUCGGUCUGCACCUACCAAUGCCGCCAACUUUGCGACACUCCGUGAAAUCGAGGGCCGUUUGAAGUCCAUCAAGAACAUCGAGAAAAUUACCAAUACCAUGAAGAUCGUUGCCUCGACCCGCCUCAACAAGGCCCAGAGAGCGAUGAGUGUCUCUCGCGCCUACGGUCAGACCUCAGAGACCGUCUUCGAGAACGCCGAAACCAAGCCACUCGAGAAUAAGAAGACCCUCUUUGUCGUAGCCAGCUCCGAUAAGGGCCUCUGCGGUGGUAUCCACUCCGGUCUCAGCAAGGCGACUCGAAGGAUGAUGGAAGGGCAGCCGGAUGCCGAUAUCGUUGUGCUCGGCGAAAAAUCAAAGGCUCAGCUCAGCAGAACCAAUGAGAAGAAUAUCGUCAUGAGCAUCUCUGGCGUUGGAAAGGACAUUCCCACCUUCGCUGACGCCCAAGCCAUUGCCGAUCAGAUCUCCCUCUUGCCAGCGGACUACGCUAGUAUUAGGAUUAUUUACAACAAGUUUCUCAACGCCCAAAGCUACGAGCCAGUUACCAUCGAGGCCUUUUCUGAAGAGGCUAUCAUCCAAUCUCCCAAUGUCGUUGCUUUCGAGGUUGACAACGAGGUGCUCGCAAAUCUCCGAGAAUACGCUCUCGCUAACAGUUUGUAUUGGGCUUUGGCUGAAGGACAUGCUUGCGAAAUUUCUGCUCGUCGCAAUGCCAUGGAUAACGCUUCGAAAAACGCUGGUGACAUGAUCAAUCGAUUCCAAAUUCUCUACAACAGACAGCGUCAAGCCGCCAUUACUGGUGAAUUGGUCGAAAUUAUCACCGGUGCUACUGCCAGUGAGGAAAUGUAA